UUCCAUCGCAAGUUCGCAGCUGACAGCCUCAGGUGGGCGAUGCGAACACAAGCUUGACAUCCAAGCAGCCUUGCCGCGACAAAAUUCUUGCUGGCGGAGUCUUUGCUGUCGAGGCCGACGCUAUUCUCAACGGUUUUUGUUUUUUUGGUUUACUCUUCCAGUGUUAUCUCUUUUCACUUCUUACACUCUCUGCUGAAACAAUAAUUUCCACAUCCCACACUCUACCUACCCCUUUCGCGCAAACGUAGUCCCGACGACAGCAAUACAGACACGACGUUACCACCAUCACGGCUAUAUAGCACAGUUAUUGGCGACUUUUCCUCUUAUUCACUAUGGUUUCGCUCUGGCCAUGGGGGAGAGACGACUCUUCCCCCGCGUCUUUUGAAAAGGCGCUCUCGACUCUUUCGACCAAAAUAACGGUAACCCAAACUCGCCUCGAUCAAUCCCGCGCGAAAGCCCGACGGAUCAAGGUGCUGGGUACACUUUACAUCGGUUUCGCCUACCUUGUUUAUGCGAUUGUCUUGAUGCUGGUGGUUGGUUACAAGGACAUGGGGGCAUGGGAGUGGACGGGCAUGGCGGGAGGGCCGGUCUUGAUUUCGCUGGUCCGCUCGAUUACGACCAUUUUCUUUGAUUACCGAAUCGAGAGGCUCACUGCGCGCCUCAAGGAGUAUCAGACUGAACGCGCCAAAACCAUCCAGAAACUAAAGGAUGCUACCAAGUACGAUUCGACGCUCGAGCUGCUCGAGAAGUACGGCGGCUCCGACAACAAACAGAAGAAGAGCAAGAAGAAGACGUCCGAGGAGGAGGAAGACGAAGGCGCUGGCGCUGUCAAAGAACAGCCACAACCCAGGCAUCAUGCUCGUACGGGACUGCCGCCCCCGCCCACAGCAAACAUCCAGCGCCGUCCAGAGUCCAGUGCCGGUGCACCUGCACCACACUCUAGGGUGCCAAGUUCAGUAUAUGGAGCAUCAAGCCAACGGUCUCCCAGCCCCAUGAUCAGUGAAGCGGCCGAGUUCGCGCCCAAUGCUUUUGAAGGGAGAGCUCCCCCGCCGUUCCUACAGCAUCCACCUGCCACGAUGGCCCCUCCUCCCGAGCCGCACUGGUACGAUCGCAUUCUGGACACCUUGUUGGGGGAAGACGAGACGGCCGCCAAGAACAGGAUUGUCUUGAUCUGCGCGAAGUGCCGGCUUGUCAACGGCCAGGCACCACCAGGAACGAAAUCAUUGGCUGAGAUUGGAAAAUGGAAGUGCAUGGCAUGUGGGGCGACCAAUGGCGAGAUAGACGAGGGGAAGCGCAUCGUGCAGGAGGUACUUGGAGGAAGGGGAACAAAGGCGGACUCCAUUGCCGGAACCACCGAUGAUGAAGGCGGACAGAGCUCCAGCGAGAUUGUCGAGGUAGAGCGGGAUCUGUCCACCGAACCUCAGGAACUGUCCGUGAGGAAGAGAGCGAAGAGGGGGCAGUGAUGAUCGAGUGCUAGGACGGUAUUUCUUUUAACAGUUCAAUCUAUCUCAUGGUUUCUUUUGUUGGAGCUCGCACAAUACAUCUACUGAACUUAAGAGGUCCGUCGUGUGCCAAGCCUGCCCUGGAACCUGCCUGCAAUGCGUGGGAUAAAGUACAAAGAGCAGGGUGCGGUGGUGAGUCCGAACUGAGAGGGUUAUGGCUCUUUGUCAUAGAGCGGACCAUACCCUAUUUUUGGGUAGAGUACAAAGGAUGGUUCGUGAUGACUUCGUGGGCGGUUCUGCAGGAUCGCCAAAGGCUCGACAAUGCCAUUUUGAAGCAUCUCGAAGCCAUGUAGGAAGAUAAAGAAAUCUAAUGAGGAUUAAAAUCUGGAAAGGCCAGCGCAGUAAUCCACUUAGAGGAUCGUUACAUCUUUCUUUUUGAUCGUAAUAUGCUGAUCAGCGCCUCAUCACCAUCAAAGCUCCGAUAUAUGAUUCGAAGCCAGCACAGCAAUGUCGUAUAGCCGGGAAGAUUAUUACAGAACCAUCACUUGUGUCGACUGCGGGUACAACUGCAAGUUUGCUUGUCUUGAUGCCCACAAGAGCUCAUUCGCUUGCCACAAUCCACGAUGCGCGAAUCACUUGGGAACGGUGGAAGUUGACUUGCCUGGGGGUACACUUUACUCUCGAGAGAGGAGCCAUAAAGGUUCAUCUCGCCAUGAGUCCUCAUCCCGUCGCCGGAGCAGAUCUAGGAAUCCCGAGGAACCGUCAUCUCACCAUGGCAGCCGUCCCAGGACCACUCAUCACUAUGAGUAUACAGCGCCACCGGAGGAACCUUCCUCUCGACACCGCAGUAGAUCAACUGCCAGAUACCCUGAAGAGCCCUCCUCGCAUCGCAGAAGCAGGUCCUCCAACAGGUAUGCCGAGGAGCCUCGUCGCUUUUCUAGCUAUGCCCCCCAGGGACAUCCCAGCAGUUACCAGUACAGCCAUGAUGCUCAUGCCGACUAUGUCACUGUUGAACCCGACGAGACCGAGGAUAUGAGACAGCGCUUCGAAAGGAUGGGACGUGAAAGAAAGUCGAGGUAUCCACCCUCCUCUUCUGGUUACCGAUAUCCCCCUUCUUCUUCUUCUUCUUCUUCUCAUUAUGAGCACCCGCCAUCUGAAUCUCACCGUCGCAACCGAUCUUCGACUAGGCAAUACGAAGAGCCCCCCCGUCGCAGCUCUCAUAGCUACCGUGGCCCGGGAAAUGAAGACCCGAGAAAUGAAGAAAUCGAGAUUGUCGACGCGGGGUCGUCUCCGUAUGUUGCGCCCAGCAGUAAGCGCGGCCGUCAAUAUCCUCCUCGAUCCGGUUCCGGUCGUAGACGUGCCUACGGGCCCUACGAUGAACCACCUCGUACUCCAGACCUGCCUCCCGCUCCGUAUAUUUACAUUGGCACGUGGGAUCCCGAGGGCAACCAAAUCGACUGAACAGGUUCAUUAUGACAGCUGGCUUGUUGUUGUGAUGAGCUGUGCCUUGCCUCUCAAGGUAGGCCAUGUAGGUAUAAGACGAGAGAUAAGAUAGAAAAGUGCAUUUUUCAGGAGUUCGGGGCAUGGUUUCACUGGAGAGGCCAGGUAAGGUAGGUUGGGGAAAGCAAAGCAAGCUCUGGCAUUGGGCAGCAAAACUGGACAACUUUUUAGGCCAAAAUGGGGGAAAGCGCAGGAAGCGACAUCAAACAUGGCUUUAAAUAUCAGCUCUUCAAUUCGUCGCUUUCCACC